AUGAGCAUAUUUAUCAGAAAUUAUAAUCCUGGCCCCCUCGCUACAUUAUACAAAGCCAAUAUUUGGCGGCUGAACUCUACAACAGCGGAAAGCUCUGUGAAAAAAGAUGAGGAUGAAGAGGAGUUCAGAGUUCUGGAUAUCUUAAAGAAACGAGAUAAACAACAGAAAAGAAUAGUUCGCAGAACUGACAUACAGCCCGAUAGAGCAGACAGGAUGACGGAAAAUCAGAAUUGGGGCAAUGUAUGGCCAGGACCAAAGACUUUCCAUCCAUCUUCUGUACCGUUACCACUCAGACAAGGCUAUGUGCCUGCAGGGCAAGCACCACCCGCCAAGAAAGCAAAUGCAGAACUCAUGAAAAUACCCAACUUCCUACACCUAACUCCACCAGUUAUCAAGAGCCAAUGUGAAUCCCUUAAACAAUUCUGCACAGAAUGGCCAACUUUACUAAACUCUGAACAGGCAAUUGAGAAACAUUAUCCAGUUGAAGUGAUAACAUCAGAUUAUUGUCAUGCUAGUCCUUCUAUAAGAAAUCCCUUAGCAAGGGUUGUCAUGUUACGUAUUAAAUUAUCUACGUUAAACUUGGACAAGCAUGCAAGAGACAAGUUUAUUCGUUUAGUUGGGGACCGUUAUGAUAGUUCUACCGACUUGGUGACAAUCACGGCUGAUCGAUGUCCUAUGAGAGCUCAAAAUCUGGAUUAUGUAAAUUAUUUACUAACUGCGUGCUACCACGAAGCUUGGAAUGUUGAAGAAUGGGAGAAGGACAAGACGGAAGAUGAUAUGGAAUAUUAUAAUUGGGACAAUAAUGCUUCUAAGAAGAGCCUCGUCAAUUGGUAUUUAGCUAAAAAGAAUGAGCAAAGAGAUCUUACAGAAGAUGAAUAUAGAAGCUAUGAUAUUUCUGUGAUUCCAAAUGCAGAGGGAUACAAAAAUGCAGUUUCCAGUCUGAUGAAUGAUGGUGAAAGUGAAGAGACUGUCAAUAAUUAUGGUAAAGCAGUUAGAAAGUUACUGGGGUUGCCAGAGAAAAUGGUAGUUUAA